CUAUUCGUCUUCGACUUUACCUUCCUCUUCCUCUUCUCGUACCUUUUAUCUUCAUCGUCUAAUUCUUCCUUUCCUCUUGCUUUCUUAUUUUCUUACUUUUCUUAGAUUUUACAUUUCCGUUCAUGUCAGGGUAACUACCGGGAGUACUCGCCACGUUUCACGCAACCGAGAGAACGAGGGCUGGAUGGUAGAGGUCCGAGGCACGGAUCUCUACCUUAUGCUGCAGGAUAAGGUAAGAUGCCAAGAUCGGGUCGUGCGCUAACUAAGAAGGGGUGAAUGAUUAAGUGCCCCUCGACCAUCCCUGCAACCGUGGGGCCGAACUGAAGUGAAACGCCGCCGUGUCCCAACGGCUCAAGCUCGUACCUUCCCUCCGUACAGCUCUCAUUCACAACUGCAUCUUCCUUUUCGUAGACCGGUUUUGUUGGUGCGACAAAGUUCAGGUUUCUGCUGCACAGAAGAUUCCAUUCCUAUUUUGUUAUAUCAACUUGACUGCGCCAUGGAUCUGCGCAACAACCUGUUCGGCAGACGCGCAGGGGGCUACUCGCCCGCUCCGGCAAGACCGCAGAACCCUUCCGCCGGAGGUUAUGGCGGCGACAGCUAUGGCGCGGGGAACUACGGCGGCGGCGGUUACGGCAGCGCGCCAGGAGGAUACCAGCUCCAGCCCGGAGGCCGACAGGUGCCGCUUCGCCUUGCUAAGGUCGAGGACAAGACACUGCAGGCGCAGUACAUCUUUGGCAAUAUCUGCGCCGUGUCACCCAACGACUUCCCCCCGAACCGUGACGCCUCCGAUUUGUACAUACGGCUCAGCGGCAGGGCGCCUGGCGAUUACGUGGUGACGGCACGCCCUACCCCCGGAUUCCCCGACGGAUGCAUCAGCCUGUCAGAUCCCCAGCGGACAUGGGCCAACAUCGGCAUAAUGGACGAGGUGCUUGGUGAGCUCUACGACCCCUUCAGCCAAGGAGGCUCCGCAUACAUUGGUUCCCUCGACGUCGAGAUCGGCUUCGCGUCUCAGAAGAAAAUGGUCGAUGCUCCCUACGACCAGGACGAGCUGGAGCGCAUCUUCGUAAAGAACUUUCAGAACCAGGUCUUUUCUCCGGGGCAGAGGCUGCUCAUGGACGUGCAUAACGUCCCCUUGGCCAUCAUGGUCAAGACGGUGACUUUGAUCGACCUCUCUAUGGAGCGGAAGCAGUCCAGCGAGCCUCCUACACGCAGCGACCCGGGGGCGCGCGGUAUCCUCACGAACCAGACCAGCAUCAGCUUCUACAACAGCCCCAAGUAUCCCAUCAAACUCAAGGGCUCCAGCAAGCGGCCUGCUGCAAAUGCCAUCAUCAGACCGGACUUCAAAUUCGAGGACAUGGGCAUUGGCGGCCUCGACACCGAGUUCUCCACCAUCUUCCGCCGUGCCUUUGCCUCUCGCAUCUUCCCCCGGGACCUCAUCGACAAGCUCGGCAUCAUGCACGUGAAGGGCUUGCUGCUCUAUGGCCCUCCUGGUACAGGAAAGACACUCAUCGCGCGGCAGAUCGGUAAGAUGCUCAACGCCAGGGAGCCCAAGAUUAUCAACGGCCCGGAAGUCCUGAACAAGUACGUCGGUCAGAGCGAGGAGAACAUCCGAAAGCUUUUCGCCGAUGCCGAGAAGGAGUACAAGGAGAAGGGCGAUGAGUCUGGCCUGCAUAUCAUCAUCUUCGACGAGUUAGACGCGGUAUGUAAGCAAAGAGGUUCGGGCGCCGGUGGCGGCACGGGUGUUGGCGACAGCGUGGUCAACCAGCUCCUGUCCAAGCUGGAUGGUGUCGACCAGCUCAACAACAUUCUCCUCAUCGGAAUGACCAACCGGAAGGACAUGAUCGACGACGCUCUGCUGCGUCCGGGCCGUCUGGAAGUCCAGGUUGAGAUUUCACUCCCUGACGAGUCGGGCCGGUUACAGAUCCUCAAGAUCCACACGGCCGCGAUGAGGAAAAACAACAUCAUGGGCAGCGAUGUCGACAUCGCCGAGCUGGCGGCUCGGACCAAGAAUUUCUCCGGUGCCGAAUUGAGCGGCCUCGUCAAGGCUGCCACCUCGUUCGCCUUCCAGAGGCACACCAAGGCCGGCACCAUGGCCGGCGUCAGAGAGGACGCGGGUAACAUGAAGAUUAGCCGACAGGACUUUCUCGAUGCGCUGAACGAAGUUAAGCCCGCCUUUGGCACCGACGAGGCGGAACUCGAGAAGGUCAUCGAAUACGGCAUCAUUCAUUUCUCGCCGAGCAUCUCGGCCAUCCUGAAUCGCGGCAUGCGGGAGGUUGAGACUGUGCGGCAAUCAGAGAGGCUCCGGCAUACCUCGGUGCUGCUCCACGGCCCACCGGGCAGCGGCAAGACGGCGCUGGCCGCACAUAUCGCUAUGAAGUCGGGUUACCCCUUCAUCAAGAUCAUCACACCCGCGUCGAUAUACAGGCAUAGGGACGAAUUUGCGAAGAAGGAUUAUUUGUACAGUGUCUUCACCGACGCCUACAAGUCGCCGUUGAGCAUGCUUAUCAUCGACAACAUCGAAGAACUCAUUGAGUGGAACCCGGUCGGCCCGCGGUUCUCCAACAGCUUUCUCGUGGCGCUCGUCACGCUGAUUAAAAAUACUCCGCCAAAGGGGCACCGCCUCCUCAUCAUGGUCACGACCUCGCAGCUGUCGGUCUUGGAGCAGCUCGACGUCAGAAGGGCGUUUCAAUUCGAGAUCCGCGUGCCCGCCGUACAAACCCUGAGCGAGAUGUCGGCCGUGCUGGCCGAGUAUGAAGAGCCGGAGCACAUCAACCAUGUGCUGAGCAAGGUCAGCGAGUAUACGGGCUCGGACCGCGUAGGAGUCGGCAUCAAAACCAUCUUGGCCGUGAACGAGUCGGUGAGGUCUGGGGGGGUUGCGGAUCCCGCAGAGCAAUUUGCUGAGGAGAUUGCGGGGGAGAUUGCGAAGUAUAACUAUUCUUCUUCCGGAAGGUAGACUGGGGUUUUGCUAGAUGCCUAGGUAGUGUGUGUCUGGUGGUGAUAGGGAUGGAAUAUUCUUCGGUGGCUGAUUUCAAGAGUGUGCAUCUAUGAUUGUGACAGUGACAGUGCCAAGUCGAGUUGAAGACUUGAGGUCUGAGGUAGGUAGG